AUGACUGCCGGAGACAUCGUGGAAAAGCUGCCGGCGAAGCAGGCCAAAUCGGCGGAGAAAAGCAACAGCGCCUCCGAGCGGCUAGCCGAUCACUUGUCUGAUGAGAACUACAUUGAGCAGCAGGACCAACAGUUGCGCGAUAUUGAGCAAGAGGCCAGCGACUUGUCGGACACGUACGCGUGGAUACGCCCGAUGCGCCGUGACGGCAACUGCUUCUACCGCGCCGCACUUGCCGCCCAAGUCGAGCGAAUUGUGCGUGACCCGGAUGAGCUGAGACGCUUCGACGCGGUGUGUAAGGGCUGGAAAGACCGGCUGCUGAGACUCGGCUUCCAGGAGAUGACCACCACCGACUCCGCGAUGUGUGUCAUUUUCCAGACUCGUCGCCCCGGCUACCUGAAGGAGCACGCUGACGAGUACGCACCGUUCAUCGACAACGGCCUGCCGCUCGAGCAGUACUGCGCCCAGGAGAUUGAGACGAUGUGGCGCGACGUCGACCAUUUGGCCAUUCAGGGACUCGUCAGCGGGCUAGGUGAGGGGUUGAAUUGG